AUAGCUUCUUGAUUGAUAUAAUAAUAAUCUAUCCUUGAAAUCAUUCGUGAGUUGACUGUUCUAAGAGCACGUCCGGUUCUGUGGUAAUAAUUCAUAGAAAUAAAAAACUACAUUAAACACCACAUGUUACAUGUUAGUGAAUUAAAUGGUUCUCUCGACGCAAAGAGGUAGGCAAAAACUGGUAUUCUGAUUCACAGAACGAAUUUUGUUUACCAGACAGACAGGCGAUAAGACCUGAUAAAGAAACAAGCAAAAUGCUGAUUAAAUUUCAACAUUCAUCGUUAUGAAGUUUUUUUUCUAUUAUAAUCAUAAAUACUCCAUGCAGAUAUGUGACAAAAUAUAUAGAAAAUAUGAAAUAUGAUUACAAGAAGACUUAGUAGAGUAAAUAUUACAAAACUGGUUGUGUGUUUUAUAGGAACUAUACAUUCGAUACUCCUGUACAUUGGUUUAACCAAUACUUUACGUGAUGCCCCUCAUUUUGAAAAAGACGAAAAGUUAGAAAACAGAGAAAACAUAGAGGCAAUUAUUUUGUAUACCGGACAUUUUUUAAUUAUAUUUUUAUUAUUUUUUUCUGUUUUUAAGAAUGCAGUUCGUUUUUUGUUACCUUGGCUAAUUGUGAUGUUGUUGCCUUUUACGUACAUGACAUUUAUGGUGCUAAUAGGAUUAAGAGAUAUGAAAACUUAUUUAAUAAAACAACUUCUAUUAAAUUUUAUUAUUAUCGGUAUUUGCUGGCUAUUUUGGAGUAUAUUAUUCCAAAUUUAUCUAAAUGGAGAUUUUAAAACCGUCAAUUUCAUAGAUAGAGGAUACAAUAGUGUUUCUUCUAUUUUCUUUCUCAAACGACUGAAAAAUUUUCGUUGAAUAUUGUUUACAUAAGUCUAAAAUAAUAAAAUGUUUGUAUACAUUUGUCAUAAUCGUACAAAAAA